AUGGCUUAUACAAUGCAUCUAUCAGUUGAUCAAUAUCAACAACCAAUACCUAGUCGUCAAUAUCAGAUUCGCGAAAAAAUAUUUUUUCUUGAUAAUAAUUUCAAAAUUAAAGACGAAAUGAGUCAAGAUGUUUAUUUUGUUCGGUCAAAAAUAAGUUCAUUUCAGUAUAAAUUCGACCUUGAAGAUAUGACUGGAAAUGGAAUAAUUACGAUUCAACAAGAUUUUUCUCAUCUUCAUCCAACAUACAAUAUCUCAUCGGCUCGCCAGGAUGAUUACGAUCGACAAUUAGGAGUUGUCAAACAGAAAUUUGAACUUUUUCAUAAAAAAUUUAGCAUUGAUUCUAUUUACGGUCAAUAUAGUUUAGAAAGUCUUGAUCUUUCUGCUCAUUCAUUUUCAUUAACAAAAAAUGAACGAACAGUAGCAACUGUCAAUAAAAAAUAUUUUUCGACAUCGAACACAUAUGGUGUUGAAAUUGCUGGUGAUGAAGAUCAAGCAUUUAUUUUGGCAAUAGUUAUUGUUCUCGAUUAA